ACGGAGCAAGCUCGGGAACGACCCGCUCCGGCACAACACCAAAGAGGCGACCAUUUUUCAUCGUCACUGAAAAAGAGAGCGUUUUUAACUCAAGCUGGUCGCGACGGAAGGACACAGCAGAUACAAGUAUUGGUCUUCCCGGACCGGAUCGUAAACCUGGCCUUGCUGCAGAGUCGAAGGGCAUGUUUACCACUUUCAUCGGUUUAAUUGAUAUUCAAUCAUGGUGGGAGGUGCCCUGCAUUGCGCACUUUUGUUCGCUGUUUAGUACCACCUUCCAGCUGCCUAGGUUUGACAUUGAGGAUCUCGAAGAGGCCCUUCUAACAGAUGCCGAUGCCGAGGGUGAAGUAGAUCUGAAAGUGUACACCGCGCGCCUGCUGCCGGAGCUGAUCGUCGCACUGUUGAAGGGCUGUGAUGCGCUUGCACAGAUCGGUUCACACAUCAGCCCGAGCAACUAUCAGAUGUUCCUGAGGCGUCUGUUUCGUCAAAAAUGUCAGGAAUAUAACGUUGAUAAUCCGUUUAACACCGAUAUUGAUUUCGAAAAGCUACCGCUUCGUACGAAGAUCACAAUUUUGAAGUACCUUUGCGACUUCCGGCUCGAUUCCGAACACGUCAGCUCCACCUUUGCCGAUUACGACGCGGACAGUCUGCGCCUGGAACCGAUAGGGUACGAUCGCAACGGAUCUUCUUAUUGGCACUUUUUCGGUACACGCUUGUAUCGAGAAGAUUACGUGAGUGGUGGCGGUAAAUCGAAAGCGGCCAAAUCGCCCGUCUGGCAGGUAAUCUGCUUCACCGAGGAAGAUUGGCGCAAUCUAGCGAACAAGCUCGAUAACUCCACCAACGCCAAAGAGCGCACCCUGCACGAGCUGCUGGUGGAAAACUUUUUGCCUUACAUUCCUAAACUAUUUCGCGACAAGGAAAGGGAACGUCGCAAUAGACUUUUCGAGCGGCCUAGAUCAACACGCAUAAAACAGCUGCAGGAAGUAAAAAACCUCCGCCAGCAGGAACAGCUGCAAAAGGAGCAACAACAGUUGCUACUGGAAGAGGAAGAGAUCAAUCGGGAAAGCAGCAGCAAUCUUACCGAAGUGCAGCAAAACACACUUGUACCACCGGCACCGAAACGGGCGGAACUGCUGUCGGAAGCGCGUGCGAAACGAGCUGAACGACGAUCUCGAUCGAAUUCCGUCACAAGUAUAGUUUCGCCAACCGCAAGCUCCCCAGACGAGGCAUCCCUUCUCACGCGUGAUUUUAUUUUUCAGCCACGAAAAGAAAACGCGUUCCGUAGUAGAGCAAAUAGUCCGUACCUUUAUGACAGCGCCACUAAUUUGAGCGGUUCCACUUCUCCGUCAGUAGGUCCUCGGCUCGGGAGGGCCAGGCUGUACAGCGCCGCAGCACGUCGUAGCGCAACGGGAAGCGUAUCGCCAACGUCGCUAGCUCGCUCCAGCUCUGUCGAAUCGUACGCCCGGAGCGAAAGAAGUUACACCAGCAGCAGCCGAAGUAGAUCGGUUGAAAGCGACGGUGGUCACCACGCGACGGCGGACGCUGCGAUCUACAACGAUUCGUACUACAUUGUAAGCCGGCGCGAGGACAGCGAAAGUGUGCACAGCUUCAGUGACACCGAGGCCGAAAAUAACAUCAACAGUGGCAAUACCGACACGAACAGCAAACAACACCACCACCACCAGCUGGUGGAACAGUCGGAACCGGCUGUCAUCAAGCCACUGUGUCAGCAGCGGCAGCAAACGAAAGCGGAACAAAAAGCGGAACGGCGUCCCGUUCGGGCGGUAAGCGCGGAGGUAGAGAAAUUGUUGCGCUUCAAUCAAAUCAUGGCUCCGACAGCGACGAAACUGCCUGGCCGUCAAACGAACAACUCUCUGUCGUCCGUCACCGGGCCCGUGAUAUUGCCAUUCAGCGAAGGGCCGGCUGCUAAGGGCGCCACACCCAAUGGCGGUAACAGCGGCGGCAAAGGAAGUGACGCUGCCGCGUCGGCCACAAAUCAGGGCCGUAAGAAGAAGGGCAAGUCAACGAAUGUUAAUGUCACCUCUGCUGCUGCUGCUAGCUACACCAACAGUAGUUUCACCAAAGCGAACUGUUCCGCCUCCUCAAUUUUCGUAUCGUCGUCUCUUAGCUUUACUGAAACCGACGAGGUCCUGCAGAUCGGUAUGCACAAGGUGCUGGAAAGCAUCAAGAACCACGACGAUGCCUGGCCAUUUAUGGAUCCGGUCGAUGAGGACAUUGCGCCGAAGUACUACUCGAUCAUACGAAGGCCUAUGGAUCUGCAAAAGAUGGAGGAAAAGCUAGACAACGGGGAGUACAUGAUUUUCAGUGACUUUCAAAACGAUUUUAAGUUGAUCGUCAACAACUGCCGGCUAUAUAAUGGUCAAGCAAAUGAAUACACCGAAAUGGUCAACAACCUUCAGAUUGCGUUUGAACGUGCCAGGAAGAAAUACUUCGACGAGAACUCAUCGGACGAGGAACUGAUGAGCCACGAGUAUCCGGAUGUGAGUCGCGCGAAUGCUGCGUUCAAGGAAAAACCGUCCUCAAAGGACAGCAUCAAAUCAACCUCCUCCGAUGCAAUGAACGGCCGUGGACAGCCGCACAGCAAAGGCACGCCGAAGGACACCGGCAAGAGAGAGGCCGGCAGCAAGGACAGGUCGAAGAAAGGCGGCGGCUCCGGUGGCAAUGGCAAUAAUAACAUAAGUGCAAAGUCAAGCAGCAGCAGCUCCAAUGCAAACUCCAAAGAUAACAGUGAUGGUGGUGGUGAUUCGCCGUCCCUCCAAGGGAAGGACAAACCGUGCAAAGAAUCGAAAGCAAAGUCGGUGAAAAGUGGUACAAGUGCCGGGAGCGACAAAAAAGGUGGCAAAAAUGUGACAAGCGAAAAAAAGGAACCGUCCGCGCCGGCGGCUGGUGGAACCGGUUCAAAAAAGAACAAAGCAAACAAACAGCAGCCGGAGGUGGACUCGGAACCGGAACCAGACCCGGAACCGCCGGAAAAGGAUAAAAGUGCAUCGCGAGUGAACAACAAAACUGUAAAACGCAAGCGCAAGGAGAAGGAGAAAGGUGAUAAAGUGAAAAGCAAGAAACUAAAAACCGAAGCAAGUGAUCAUAGUGAUGGGGAGGAUGGGCUGCAGCGGGACGAAGAUAGGGUGAAUGUCAAAAGUGAAGAAGAGCCCGAUUGGUGCGAACCCGAACGGAAACGGUACAAAAAGGAUCAUCAUGGUGAUGUGGAAGAGGACGAACCUGCAACGACACCGUUACAGGCAGGAGAUGGUAGUGGUAUGCGGUUGGCGGGUGGUAAAAUGGAUGAUCUGAAGGAGGAGCAGGAGGAGGAAGAUUUUCCAGUGUACGAGAGCAAGAAGAAGGCGGCGGUGAAAGCGCUGCAGGAAAAAGAGAAAAAGAAAAACAGUUCUAAAGUGAAGAAAGAGGAAAAGAAGGUGAACAAACCGCCCAAGGGUGGCAAGGGGAAGGAUGCAAAGCGUGAAUCGUUUUCGCCGGUACGGCAACGUUCAAUGUCGCGAACGCCCAGCCCAUCGCAGGAGAAUUCGUCGCCCUUCUCGAAACAGUCACCGCAUGGGUCGUUGAGCCCCAAGAAAAAAGAAUGCACGUCGUCCGAUGUCGGUGGGGGUGUGGUGGAAAAAACGGGGUCCAAAAAAGGGAAGGAUAAGAGUGGGUCGGAAGCCGAUGGGAAACAGCAUAAGAAGGGGAGCAGCGCGGUCAAGGCCGGAGCGGGUAUUUCGGUUGCGAAGCUGGACAAAAAGACGAAAAAAUCCGGCGCCCUUGCGUCUGCCAGCAAGGGUGGUGGCAAGGGCCGGCAAAAGAAAGCGGGUGGCAAACAGAAAAGCUCCCCCGUAGAGCGUGUCGACGAAGGGUCCGAGUGUGAGGAAGAAGCGGACCACAAUGCACGACACGAACCGGGCCCGAUGGAUACUAAUGGGGAGCGAAACGAUGAAGCAAGCGAUAUGAGCGACUUUGAGGACAUUGACAAUAUGCGCGUGAAGCCUCACGACACCAGCAUCGAAGAGGAGGAAGACGGUGGUGGUGGCGAGCGGGAGCCGGCGGCGAAAAAGUCGUCCGACAAAUCAAAAAACAAAAAGAACAAAACCAGCAAGAAGAAUGUGGGGAAAGCUGGCGGUGCUGGGGGCGAGCAUCAUCGCGCUAAAAAGAGCGGCGGAAGCAAGAGCAAGCAGAAGGGGAAAGAUAAAAAGAUGGACAAAAAAUCGCACAAGCGCGAUAAGGCUGGUAAGGGCAAGAAGAAGUCCAAAUCCUCCAGCGACGAUCGUGCGCACGGGGACGAUCGCGAAGCAACGUCGAGCGGUGGUGAGGAUGAAGAAGGCGCGGAUGGAGGAGAGGGAAGAGUUGAAUACCUCGGAGAUGCGUCAAAAAGUGCCUCAAAGCCGAUGCAAAAGCAGUCCAGGGACUCACGCCUUGCCGCUGCAACGCGAUCAAUGUCACGUUCGCCCAGCCCGGCCCGUUCGUACUGCUCUGACGGUCGCUCGGCACGCGACAGUGGCGAGGGGGAAGACGACCUUCCAAAGCAAGCGCACGAUUCCACGCUUCCACCGACCCGAUCGAUCACUCCCGAUAUCAAGGAUAAGUUUGAUCUCAUCAAAGAACGCCGGAAUAGGGCGGCCGCGGCGGCUGCAGCAGCGGCCGAAAGCAAAGCAAAGGCCAAGCAGGCCAAAGCGAAGGGAAAGGAAGCAGGUAGCUCGGGAAAGAAGGGCAAAUCGUCGACCAAGGGAGGAGGAGGUAGCAACCGUGGCCAGAAGCAUGCGGUGGAAGAAGACAGCAGUGUCAAUGCAAGUGCCUCACCAUCAAGCGCUGGUGCCAAACAGCAGCAGAAAAAGCACCAGCACGUUUGCGACCCAGAAGACGGCAGCAAGCCUUCCAGUGAAAGUAAAUCAUCCAGCAAAGGCACCACCAGUGGUGGUGGCUCGAAGGGGAAGAAAAAUCGCGAUAAAUCGACGGCUAAUGGUGGCGAGUCUUCCAACGCGAAACCGGGCGACAAAAAACACUCACGCCCAGGUGCUGCUUCAGCUGACAGCACGAAGAAGGUGGACCGAAGCAACGAGUACGACUUCGUUGACGAUGGCCCCGACACAAAGCUGGACAAGAACCACGCGAAGUCAGCCCUUGCUGCCAGCGGUGGUUCUUCCAAGGCGGGCAAAAAGUCAACGUCGGCGACAGCAACUGCGGCCGGACCGACGGGUUCAACCGCUCAGAGACAUCCUAAAGCGAAUUCAAAAACCAUACCGCCACCAACGGGAAAAACGUCCAAAACGCCCGCUACGGCAGCGGGCGGUGGUGGUGGUAGUGCGGCUGGUGCAAACAUGGAGGAGCUAGAGCUGGAAACCGAGCAGACACUGAAAGACAUUAACAAAUGGCUGGAAAACACGCCCCGGUUUCCCGAGUACAGCUCGGCCAGCAACUCGCCGUCGCGCUACAUCAUGGACGAUUUCGACACGGUGCCGGUGAAGAUCGAACCGGCCGACUUCCGCAAACCGAUUCCCCUGUCGCAGCUGCCGGCGGCGAACGAAGCGGCCGCCAGCCCGCUACGUGGAGCAAGUCCCGGGCUGGCGACCAUCGCAGCACCGCCGAAAGCAUUCUCCCCUAGGUCGGCAGCCAGCUCAAAGGAGCCCAGUGGCACUGCAGCUGGCGCCGGCAAACAAGCGACCGGCAGCACGACGCCAUCCGCCUCACACGCGAAAGACGCCUCCAAAGGUGAACCGGCGGGUUCCGAUUCGGCCGGUGCACUAAAAGAUUCUACCAACAGCACCGCUGCCGCAACGGGCAGCAAACCCGCCGGGCCGACGAGUCACACACUGUUGGGCCCUCCGCCGAUCAUACCGCCGCACUCGCAGAAAAAGGAACCCAAAGAACCGAAGCGAAAGUCGCUGAAGGAAAAGCUCUGCCAGCUGGGUGCGGGUGGGCGAAAGCGCGAUUUGCACCAUCAUCGCACCACGAUCGACCGGUUGCAGCCGGGCAAGGCCAAGGGCAACCUCAUCGGGACGAUCCAGAAUCUCAACAAGCCGGACGAAUUGUUCCCGCUCGGCGCGGGUGGCGGUGCUGGCGCGGGAGGCAGCGGUGCGGCCGGCAGCGGUGCCCUGAACAAGGUGAAGGAGGUGAAGAACUCGCUGAUCGUGAAGACGGACGAGUCGAAGCCGAAGCUAAGCCUCGGUACCGUGCUUAAUACGGAAGGGUUCGGUAUCGUGCAGCAGCACAACUUUGCCGACGACGAGGACGAUCCGAAGCGUAGCUCCUCGUUGCUGAAGAAGGACGAGGACGCUGAGGAGGACGAACUGCUGAUCGGUACCGCAGCGAUCGGUGCUGUAAAGCCCUUAAUAAGUGCGUUGAAAACUGCAGCACUAGCGAUCACCGGUGGAAGCUCUCCCGCCGGUAGCCGGGAGGGAGGAUCGCUCUCGAAAAAGGAUGAACCUAGCAACACCACGGCCGCGGGUGAGAAACCGGAACCGGCCAGCGAUCUGGCGGUGGCCGGAGAGUCCAAAAGCAGCACCGUUUCGUCGGCAGCGGACAAGUUGUUCUCGCUGGAGGAUGGAAAGCCGGGCAAAGCGGAGGAAGCGGCUGGAAAGGACGCGCUCAAAGGCAAGGAUAAACCGUCCGCCACGCCCAACCUGAACGCAUGGAUCAAGGCGUUCGGUGCGCCGAAAAAGCCGAAGAAAUCGGACGACACCGAUGAGCCCGGCAAAGCGUCGCCGGCCAGCGAUAAGAGCAAGCCGAACGAGAACACCUCCACCCACCCUUCGUCGAACGAAUCGUCCAGCGGCAUUGGCAGCCUGCCGACCAUUCCCGGCAGUCUGGAAAGUCCCAGCUAUCCCACGCUGCCAACCGUACCGCGGCAGCGAAAGGCCAGCACCGGGAGCACGGUUAGCGAGCGGUCCUCGUACAGCCAAGAUCCGGACAGUCCCCGCAUCGGUAUCGACGAACGGCUCGGAGCGUAUCCCGCCCCGUACCCGAGCCCGAUCGGGGCGUCACCGAUCAUGACGUCGCCCAAGCUGGACGACACGCAGAAGAGCCCGUACCAUCCACUGAACGGUGCGAUCAAGGUCGGGUUCUAUCAGGACACCACGCAGAAGAGCAGCCCGGAAAAGAGUUGCAGUCCGCGGGAUCUACCCUCGCCGUAUCCGCAGUACUCGCAGCAUCUGUACACGUCCAACGCUGCGAACGCUACAGGUACCGGUAGUACUACCACAACCGCCGGGAACAAUAUUGCCCCCGGCGGAGGUUCCUCGGUGUACGGCAGCUAUUCUGCGUAUGGGACUACACCUGCUGGUAUCGGGUCCACCGGUACAAACGUUAACCAGCCUAGUACAGCAGCGGCAGCAGCUACGGCAAGCAGUGUGGCCGACAGUUUCAAAGGUUACGGCAAAGAGCUUAAAUCACCGGUCGAUUUUUACGACCAGUACAAACAGCCAGCCUCGCAGGAGUCGGACUACAACUCGUCGAUGAGCCCCAGUACAAAUCCCAACUCUCCAUAUCACAACCCGGCAUCAUCGCCGUACCAGCAGCAGCCGAACUCGCCCUCCUGCUACCAGCAGCAGCAGCAGCAGCAGCCGCAAGCGUCCUCCUCCUCCCCGUACGGGCAUCAACCGUCGUCGAUUGCGUCGCCCGCCUCGUCGGUGGGUCCGCUGUCGCCGUAUAAUGCGCCGGCGGUACCGCACAGUCCGGCUACUGGACAGACCACGCCCUCGAGCGUCAGUGGCCACUCGCCGUACAACCCGGGCCAGGGGCAAUCGCCCUACCACACCAAUCAGGCCCCGUCGACGGCCUCGACGUCGCCAUCGACCGGUACAGCGGUGGGCGGUGCUGCUGCCAGUGGUGGUCAACCUAAGCUGCAGUCGAAACCAAAUACGCCGCUGCACCAAAGCCCCAACUCACCGUUCUCACAGUCAAACCAAAGCUCGCCCUACUCACAGCAGGAUCCCAACUCGCCCUACUCCUCCCAAGGUGGCCAGCUCUCGCCGUUCCAGCCGAUGUCCCCGAAACCCCAGCAGCCGGCUGCUCCGUCCGCUGCCGGCAACACCAGCAACAGCAACGCCAACAAUGCGAUUAAGCUCGCUCCCCCGAUCAUCACACCGCAGCAGGCCGCCGCUGCCGCUGGCGUGAUACUUCCACCCGAAUCUCCCGCCCAUUCGCAAGCGACGACGGCCGCGACGAUCGGUGUGCAUCAGGCACAAAACCUGACCGGAUCGGGUGGCAGUACGGGCACGGGCAACAACAGUUCUGCCCCCUCCAGCACGCCGGGAACGACGAUCGCGUCCACACCGAUGCAGCUGAACUCGCACCAAUCGCCCUGGACGGCGCACCACAAUCAGUACAACCCGUACCUGAACCAUCCGGGCGAAACGGCCGGUGGGGCGGGCAGCAUGUCGUCCUCGUUGCCCCCAGCACCGGCUCAUAUGCCACCAUCUCAGCAGGGUCAUCUUAGCAACGUGCACACGCAUCCAUCGCCCGCCCACACGCAGCACCAACAGCACCAACACCAGCAGCAUCAGCAGCACCAGCAGCAGCAGCAACAGCAACAGCAGCAACAGCAUCUACUGCAACACCACCAACAACAGCAGCAACACCAGCAAAGUCAUCAACAGCAACACCAAGCAAAUCAUCAGCAAACGCCACACGGACAUCAUCUAGCGACGACACAGCAGCAGCAGCAAAGCCAUCUUGGCAAUCUACUGAUGGGAUCCAACAACAACCCCUACACUUCCACGUACGGUCGGCCGUACGAUCUCAAUUCGGCGUCGGCAUCCAACACAUCGUCAUCAGCUUCAGCAGCAGCAGCAGCAACGGUGGGCGGAUCGGGAACGACCGCGACAUCAUCCAACAUUGAUCACCAUCAUGCGCCGCCACAUCAUUCCCAGCAGCAACAGCAGCAGCAUCUUCACCAUCAGCAACACCAACAGCAGCAUUCGGCGCAGCAUCAUCAACAGCAUCCGAGUUUAAGUGGCAUCAGCAACAAGAACAGCCCUAGCACGGCCUCAAUCACCAACACUUCGAAAGUACCUGAAAUGAUCAACCUAGGCUAUAGCGAACCUGAUACCAAUAGCAGCAAACCGGCGCAGGACGUUCCAAUGAAUAUGGAAUCUUCGGGUGGUUUGGGCAAGGAGAAAGCAGACGGUACGAAGGACAACAAACAUUUGCAGCAGCAACAACAACAACAACAACAACAACACCAAUCUUUCGAUCAUCAUAUGGGCAUGAGUUACGGAAAUCCGAUGGAUAUUUCCAUCAGCAAAUCGAAGGCGUUCGAUAUGUUUAAUCGUGCGGCGACGAUGAAUUUCCCGCGCGGGUUCGGUGCUCCGAGCAUCCAUCAGCCGGCACCCGCUGGCAACGUUGGGGCCAACAGCACCGGCGGCUACGAUCAUCACCGCUCGUUGUCACAGGCGGCCAACAUGAACAAGGCGCACGAUAUGAGCGGUGGUGGAGCAGGUACGGCGGCGGCUAGCGUGUCCACCGCACCAACCGGCUACACCAUGCAGCCGGCGGGCGGGAAACCUGCCAAUCAACACCCAGCGGACCAGCUGCAUCUGCCCCGCUACGAUCAACGCAGUCCGCAACAUUUGCAACAGCAGCAGCAGCAGCAGCAACAACAGCAACAGCACGGUGCAACAUCCGCUUCCUCCGGGUCAUCAUCGCAACCAAGCGGCAGUGGCAACGCGUCGGCAGAUCUCAGCAGCGCGGGUGGCGGCUACAAAUCAUACGGUGUACCGGCCCCUCCAGCCUCUUCCGCGUCGACUUCGCUGAUGGACCCGGCAAUACGCAAUCUCACCUCCCUGUCCUCCCUCUACAACCCGGACCCGGACCGACUGCUCGGUGGUCCCGGUGCGCCAUCCGCGACCACAGCCGGCGGCUUCUACGACAAAGGUAUGCCGUCGACUGCGCACAUGUUUGGCAAAAACCUGUCCCAGCCGCCGGUCGCGUCCUCCUCUGCUGCCACCACGUCGGCCCUGCAGCAGAUGUUCAACAACACCAUGGCGGCCACCACGAUGGCAGCGUACAACGCCAACCGGGAGCAGCCGAACGUUGGCUCCUACGUGCCAUCGCCCAACUAUCACCAUCCGCAGCAGCAUCAGCAGCGGACCGACAUGAUGAAUGCAGCCAACAUCCAGCCGCAAAAGAUGUCCCACAAUGCCAACGUACCGUCGGCGUCGGGCGGCGGUGCCGGUAAUGCGUCGGUCAGCAGUGAACCUGCGCCGCCACCGGCCAAACCCAAACGCUCGCGGAAAAAGAAGGACCAGCUAGCGCAGGAACAGGCAGCGGCGGCGGCGGCAGCAGCGGCGGCAGCGGCAGCGGCAGCAGCCCAACAGCAGCAGCAAACGCUGCAUCAGCACGCAAUGCAUGCCGCCCAUCAGCAGCAGGCGCUCGGUCCCCAUCAAGGAUUCCCCGCCUACCCUGGGCUAAAACCAUCCAACUCUACCUCCUCCGGCAAUGGUGGUGCGGGUGGUGCUGGCGGUGGUCCACCCGGCAUGGGUUCGGCUUCCUCUGCGCCCGGUGCCGUUGGGAAUCCGGCGAGCAGCGCGGAAACGUCCGCCAUCUCGCUGAAAACGGCCAACAUCGUUCCCGGCAGCGCGUUCAACUUUGGCCCCGGGCCGGCCGGGCUCGGUCUACCACCGGGUGGCCUUUACGGUGACACGUCUGCCAGCACGUACCUGGAGGAGUCGUACCGCAACUCCCAAAAUCCGUACUACCUCCCGCCCAGCCAUCGGGGCACAACGGCGGCGGGCUCGGGUGGCACCGGUACCGAGGCCGACAAGCUUGGCAACCCGAUCGGCUCCCAGGCUACCCCGCCCGGGUCGGUAGCGGCGGCCGCCGCGGCCGCUGCCGUUGCCUCCGUGCACGGCCCACCGCCACCGACCGCUGCCUCGCCGUACCAUCAGUUCCUGGCUUCGCAUCACGGCACACGCCCGUACCAGUUCAUGAACCAGUUUGAUCCACUACACCAACAGUACCUGCGACAGGAGGAGCUUCGGGCACAGAUGAUGAUCAACCAGGGGCUUCUGGGCGCGCCGGGUGCCGCUCCGCCCGGUGCGUACGGACAGCCCGGUUACCAUCAUCCCGCGAUCGGUAUGCACAAACCGUACGACGCGAUGAACAGCAUGAACCGCUCGCCCUUCCUAUAACAUCCGCAACCACCGGUUGGGGGUGAACUUUUGGGGAAAACGGCACCAGUUGGGACAGAGAUGAAUGGGAGCGAAUGAAAACAAACAAAAAAAACGAUGUCCCCCUUCUCGUCCUGCAUGCAAAGUAAAAGGUUUACUUCAGUUGACAUUAUCAUCCGUUCUAAGAACGAUGUACGAAGGGUAGAAUGAGUUUGUGCAACCUAAAAUGCUUUGCGCAUUUGUAUUGAUGUUUUCUAUUUUGGGGGAUUUUGGCAGAUUAUUUCACUUCUUCUAACCUUUUGCACAGAGUGGAAUAAGAAAGGUAGUGAUGUUUCUUCAAUAAUUCAUUAAAAACUAAGCAAAAAGCACCUAUCACAUAUUGCAAGGGUCCACCGCUAAUUGUCUCUGAAAGGUUUAAUUUGCAAACAUUUACUUCAAUUUAGUAUGUAAUGUUUUUGACCUCUCUAUCUUAUUUUCUUUUUUUUUUCGUUUUGUCAUCAGUCCAGACCGUUUUUAUUUCUUGUUGUCCCUAGUUUUGUAUCAUUGUUAUGCAAAUGUUGCAAGAUAUUGUACGUUGCUUAUACAAUAUGUUUAUUCGUCCCAGUAAGGAACAGGGAAAACAAUCAUCAAUAAGUUGAAGUAUUUUUCCUUACGUGUUUUUUGUAUUGUCUUUCCGGCCGGAACUGUGUUGGAAUAACGUUGAAUUGUCUCAUAAAACUACAAAACCUGUGUAUAGUUGUAGAUUCGUUCACAUUGUGCAAAUGUCAUGUUUAUGCCUCGUCUUGGACGAUGAUGCAGUGAUUGCGUGAUAAAUGUUUGUCGCUGCUAAAGGAAAAGCGGCUCUUAUUCCUAGCGGCUAUUAUCCAAUUUUGGUGUGUGGUGUCUCAGAAUGUUAAAAACUGCAAACGGCUGGGUUUUGUAUGAAUUAUGUUGUUUUUAAUAACGUAAAUUAAGUACUCAGUUAUGUACAGUUUGUGGAGUAUAAUUUUGGUUUUUUUCGUUGUUAUGGUCUUAAAUGUACACACACACACACACAAUUGAAUAUUCUCAGAAUUGGUCGAGUGUGAAGGUUUCAAGGGCGAAAAUAUCAGACAGCACUUAACUUUAGCCUCAACUUGUCGAAGCUACUUAGCCGCGAUUCUGCUUAAGUUCUGCUACAUAAAUAUGAAUUAACUAGUUCCCUUACUACCAAGAAGAUACAUUACCACAUUCCCUCGUUGAGUUUCCUUCACUUUUUAAACAGAAGUAUCCAUUAAUGGUAAAACAUAUUUCAUCAGUAACCGUAACACUCACAAAUAAUACCAGUCGAUAGUUCGAAUAAGUAAAUAUUGAAGAAUAUUCUAUUAUAACGCAAGCAUAUGAAAACAAAAUGGUAACCAUUUCGUUUAAUACAGUAAAAGAGCAGCCACUCGCCACCCCCCAGCCCCUGUACUGUACGCCUUAUUCGUCAGCGUAACUUCCACCAAAAAAAAUUUGUGGAAACGGUUCAUCAUCGUUUGUCUGCAUGCAAACAGAACAUAGGAAACUAGAAGUUUAUCGAUCUAAGCUAAUGGAGAAUUUAAAAAAACACAAUAAUCAAACCCCCGAGCAAAGCGUAACGAGAUUAGUGAGAAAGAAAGAGAAAGAGAUAAAAAACAGAUAUAAAAGGCAACAAAUUUGUUAGGUGUUGAAUAAUAAUCAAAAUUUGACUAUAGGAUCUAUUUAUAUUUGAAAAUUUAUAUCAUUGCUACACGAUCUGUAUCUGGAUUCUGAUCCUUGUUGUGAUCUUUCUGUACGGGUCCUCCCCUCAGCACGUUUAUCAAUCACAUGCGUGAAAGAACAAAAAUUGUGUAUUUUCUCUUACUGUGGUUAUACAAUUUUCAUUUCUUUAUUUUUUAUGUGUGUGAACAAAAGUAGAAACUGAGCGGACGGAACAAAAACAGAUAAAUUGAUCAUGUUCGCUUUUCCUUUUCUUCAUCUUAUGUUCUUUGUUUCUAGCUCUCUUUCUCUUUCAUACAAUUAGACCGAGGGCAUUGGAGAAAAUGUAAAAAGUCGUUUUUUAAAAGCACAUCAGUAGUUACAGCAACACACACAUUAGACGAUGACGAUCGAAAUGAACAUUGCGAUCGUUUAGGUUUCUUUUUCACCUUAGUAAGCCUUUUUGUAAAUACAUUUAGUCGGAUAAAGAGUGCGAUCCGAUCGCUCUUGGUAAUACGAUCUGUAGGCGGCGAACCUUCUCCCACGACCAACUGUAGCGUUUUCUUUGCUGGAAAGGAAACCUUACACACACUAUGAACUCUUCCGUUCCUUGUAUAGAUGUUGUGCGUACUGGUGUGCGUAGGUUAAGCUAAUAAACAACUUGUUAAUUAUUAGAACAAAAGAACAAAAAACAGGCAUGCGCGCAGUCUGUCGAAUUAGCGUAAUGUGAUUCAAGGCGAAUCACAAAAAAAUCGUUUGACAAAAUGCGAUUUUAGGGAAGAACAUUGCUAUAGCCAUCGGAAUAUAUAUUAGUUAAUACACGUUUUAAGUAUAGACUCUCCUACACCUCCACAGCGUUUCACACCAGUUGGGGAUGUGGGCGAGUGCGUACACAAAAAGAAUCGUAUUAAGUGGGUAGUAUAAGUUAUUAAACGAUACAAGACAACACAACAAUUGUACGCAACAACGGCAUAAAGAACUGUUUUCGAAACCGUACAUCUAGUGUAGUGCAAACCCGUGCGUGUGUGUGUGUGUGUGUGUUUGUAGGGAUAGUCGUCAGCUGUGUGUGCCUGUCGUCGUGUGCGCAUUUCAUAAUUGCUGUGUUAAGGAUAAUUAACAACAGGAGCUAAAUUACCCCUUACAGGAAAAGAAAAUAAUUCUAGCAAAAGUUAAUUCACUAACGCAUAUGUUAACUGAUGAUAAUAGCGCGUUUGAGUUGCUUUGAGUAGCAAACGUUGUAGAGCAAACAAACCAACAGCAUCCACCACAAAAAGCCUUGUUUGGUUAAGAAAGCUGAAAGAUUUUUUGUUGUUGUAAUGCUUUCGGAAUUUGAAGGGGUAGUUAAAAACAAAAUUCGACAAAAACAAUAUACAUAUUCAGCAUAAACAUAGGAAUUAUGCAGUGAGAGAUAUAAACAAGGAAAACACGGCAGAUCAAAACAAAAAAGCAGCAAACGCAAGAUGUAAUCAAGAUACAUAUAUCUACGUUAAACGUCCGUUUUUUUUUCUUCAUCGCUUCAGUCACUCUUAUGUUGUAAUCCCAUAUUUUAAUGCAAAAUCGAUUGUAAAGUGUGAAACAGUAGUGCAAACAGAGGUAAGAAGUAAGCGAACAUCGCAGACAUGUAAGACAUACAUACCUACAUACAAAACACAUUAAAAAAAAGAAAACAAACAACACACACCGCGAAAAAUAAGAGAAAAUAUAGUGAAUUUAAACAAACAACACGAA